CCCUAGACGUAAGCCCCCACCACACCCGAGUGGCGGACGUCAGUGUUUGGUCGCCCUUCUCGGACGUCACACCUCCGCUCGCGCUCCGUGCGGUGCCUUUUCGCCGUCGUCGCACUGUCGUAGUCUGCCGUAACUUAUCACUUGUCACAUAUCAAGAGCGUAACGAAUCGCCGCCGGUUCGAGGUUGUACUAGAUGCUAGUCGCAGUGUCCGGGAAUUCCCUGCAGGAUUCGGCAACCAGCUGCUGGCUCGCUUAGCCUAAGGUGGUUGAAAUUUGGAAAACAGAGCCAGUAGACUCAUGUGUGUGUGCAUGCAGGAGAGAAACCAUAUCAGAAUUUACUGUAGAGGAUAGCUGUAAGUGCACCAUCCUUAUCGAAAACGAAGGAUAAUUACCUGUUAUUGAACACGGAAAUGUUGAAGCGCCCUUUCGGUAAUCCAUCGAGGACCAACUAAGGACGCCCCUGCUACGGAAACUUUGUUCGACCUCUUUCACGUGGGGGGCCACCUGUUGGAAACGAACUCUUUUGAAGAGGCCCACUCACCUGGAAAGGAGAUCCGAGAUCCUACUCCUCUCGACUCUCGACUAGAUGUAACUGUUUGGAGAACACUCAACAAAACGACGUUGUAUAUUCGUUGCGUAAUUGAUAGAGUAAAUAAUAAGUUACUCUCGACCAUAUCAAACUCUCUGAUGCCACUCAACAGAACGACGUUUAAAAUUCGGUGUGUAAUGGAUGAAAAGUAAAUACUAGAAAAUACGAUCUGUCUUUUGUGAAAACGGCUCUCAACCACUGGAGAACACUUAAGACGACCUUUAAAAAUUCUGCGUAUAGAUCAUAACAAUAGAUAAUACACAGAUAAUAACAAUUGGAACAUUGUUAGUAGGAUUUGCUCAAGAGACUGUCAGGUCAAGAUUUACUGGAACUCUUUUCAUGAAUAUAUGAACACUUGAAAGAAAGGAUCCAGUUUCAGUCUCGACGCCAAGAGGCAAAAGAAAAAAAAGAAACCCCCAAAGCGAAUCAAAAGAGGACAACAAACAAAACAAGAAACUCGAAAAAGGGACACAGUAAACAAUUCCUCCUCGAGGAAGCCCUUAGGCCUAACCAACAAGGGUCAGCCAGCCAACCGGCCAGCAGCCCUUGGGGAAUCUUGGGGAAAAACUUUUGGAGUCCUCCAGAAACCCCCCCACCACAGCCAUUGAUCCCUUCGCCAGAGACCGCUUUCCCCCUCCCCCUCCCCCCCUCUCUGGAGGGUACCUAGCCGAUCCUCACCGCCAGUACGGCGGUGGAGGGGAUUUCGGCUCCAUGAUCCAUCACCACUCGCAGGUGAUGACGAUGAACAAGCCUAAGACCAUCGUCAUCACCACGGCGCCCAAACACGAGGACAGGUCCUGCCUGGGAACUUGGAGGUCCAUUUGGCGGGCUCUCCUGCUGGGCCAGGUGGCAUCUCUGCUGAUCUGCGCCACCGGUGCCUGCUGUCACCUGCUUAAUAAUACCUAUCACCUACAACUGCCGGCAGCCGUGAGCUUCAUCAACUAUGUUUUGUUGUGCCUCGUGUACACGACGUGGUUAGCCUGUAGGUCGGGGGAGGGUUCUCUCCUGAGGGUGGUUCGAACAAAGGGCCUCAAGUACUUCGUCCUGGCUGCCAUCGACGUCGAGGCCAACUACUUGGUGCUUCGAUCCUACCAGUACACCUCUGUCACCUCCGUCCAGUUGUUGGACUGCUUCGUGGUGCCGGUGGUGUUAGCCUCCAGCUGGUGCUUCCUGAAGGUGCGCUAUAAAUUGGUCCAUGUCUUAGGUGUCGGAUUGUGUCUCCUCGGCGUCGGUUGCCUCGUCUGGGCCAAUGUGGAGGAUGGCAAGGCUACUAUCCCAGGAGCUGAACGUCUAUUAGGAGAUAUGCUGUGUCUAGGCGGUGCUGCCCUCUAUGGGAUAAGCAACGUAGCACAAGAAUAUGUAGUCAAGACCUAUGACAGCGUUGAGUUUCUUGGCAUGAUGGGUCUUUUUGGGUCGCUUAUCAAUGGCAUUCAAUUGUUAGUACGAGCGAUAUUGGAGAGGAACGACGUCGGCUCCGUUCGGUGGGACACGUGGCCCGUUCUGGCACUCGUAGGAGGGUUCAGCGCGGCCCAGUUCCUCUUCUACGUGGUGGCACCCGCUGUCAUUCGCGUCACUUCGGCCACCGCUCUCAAUCUAGCACUCUUCACCGCGGAUUUUUACAUUCUCAUAACUGGCAUUGCGCUCUUCAAGUUCAAGUUCCAUCCACUGUAUUUCCUGUCAUACAUUCUGGUGGUUACAGGUGUUAUAGUUUUUGUUAUUAAGCCCACUCCUAUUGCUUCAACUAACAGAGGUUAUUACAGGGAAAUUUCAGUUGGACGAUCAAGUAGUGGAAAUGAGGUAGAACUGACGACGACUCCUGGAACAGCAACAAGCAGUAUGGGUGGAGGUGCUUCCUUUACCGAGUGGCCUCCUCUGCCUCCAGAAGUCAGAGGGUGCCCAGACUAUCCUUACCCCCAUUCCCAUUCAUCAGAAUUUAGGCAAGGUACAGCAGGUGUAGGCCCUCCCCCAACUGAGUAUCCAAGCACUCCACCAUCACCACCUCAACAGUUUAGAUCCUUACCUCGCCCUUCUCGACGAGAGCAGUACCCAAUGGGAAGUCAAGGUGGUGGUCAGAGGUCGGCUACUCUCCACCGCCCAGCGCGGGUACGUUUCCAACUUGAAAUUGAGAGCGAACCAAAUCCAAUUUGGGAUGGCUCUAUAGAGCCAACGGUGCCUCAUCCUCUUCCCACGAGCUGGGAGAUGUGAGGUGCUAGAGUACAUAUUGCAGGACUUCGCCGAUCAAAGAAUAUUUCUUCUCUACACUGUGAUUGCAAACAGUGAGUCUUCUGUAAUAUGCCAAGUGCCAUGGUGUCUUCAAGAAUUGUACAUCUUAACCAAGACUGCAUUUCCUUGAUAUAAUUAUUGCAGCAAUUCUGCUGGCUAUCCUUAAGUCUUCCCUGAGUCUUUGAGAUGAAUUUUGAGUAAUCAAGCAAAGCAAAAUAAAGUAAAACUGAAUAUUUUAAGCCUAGAAAAUUAUUAACUUGUGUGAACGUUUCAUAUCUCUUGAGUGUGAACGUCGUAUAUUUUAAUAGAGCUACGUACCUUGAAAACACGUAAUUCAGCUUGUGAGUUUAUCUGGUGAAAAAAGCUAUUUAGUUAACAUCACCAAGACUCGGGAAAGGACAUUUCAGGACUUCCAGUGAAUUAGAAGUUGCUAUGUGAUGUAUAAAGAAUACACAUGAUAAAACUCAUGAACUGAUUUAAAUAUAGUCCUGUAUUGUAACAGAUGUACAGAAAGGCUAAGUUAAAUGGACACUUGUUUACAAAGAGGAUUGCAUAGUAUAUUGAACAGACAUGAAAACUGUACAAUAAAGGGAAAUGACAACGACGAAGACUCUACACACUUUCAUUCUAAGUGCUCAACUUGCAUAAUAAAGCUUCUACACUCGUUAAAAGUACUUUGUCACUAUGUACUGAAAUUGGAAUGUAUUAGUGUGUUAAGGGCAGUAGGAGUAUGUGGUAUAAUGAUGCGUUGUGAAUUUGUUUUGCUACCGAAAAGUUUCAUUAAAAGCCACAGCCUCUUAACUUUAGGCAUAUUAUGCAGUCUCAAAUGGUGAAUAACUGCUCAAAGUACAGAUUUUAUAGACUCAAAUAGUUAAUGAGGUAGGCAAGGUUUGACAUGGUUUGAUUUAAUGCUAGAAUUCUGUAUUGUUUUAAAAGGCUUUAAGAUAGCAAUCAGACUUUUAUCUAAAGUGAACUUGGUCAUGAUCACCACAGACUGUUUAGAGGCAAUUGUUAAAAUUAGAAAAAAAAAUGAUUAAAUAUUAUUUACACGACUUGUAGUUUUAGUGAUUUUGCCAAAUUCUGUAAAAGAAAUUUCUUUCCAAUGCACAAAUCAAAUUUCAGAAAGCACAAACCACAGUACAUAUGCAUAAACGGGCAUUCUUCAGGGCACUGCAGACCAUUGUCAUACAAAUUUGCCUUAAAUCGUUCUAAAUGCUUUGACAAAUAAAAGGUAGAUUAUAUUACUAACAAAAAUACCUGCUAAGUUCAGUUUCCAAUUACCCCUUUUUACAAAGCAUUUUAAAUGCAAUAUUGCAUUAUACAACCAAGGAUUUCUGUGCCCUGGGUGAUAUGUCCUUAGUUUAAAAAAAAAAUAUUCAAAAGCUAUGUGAUACAAGAAGUAAUAUUGAGGAUGAUCUCUUUCUGUUGGCACUAUAAAUUACCUAUGUUCACUGCUCUAGGUAAAAUGUCUAACUUUACUGUUAAAAUUUAAACAGUGAUAUGAAUUGGUAUGGUAGCAUUGUAAUUACAACAGCAACAUACUUUAUAUAUACAAUAUUUCAUCAUUUAAAAAAAUACAGAGAUUAGACUUAUUACAAGUACAGUACUAUAUAUUUUUCCUUAAUUUUUCCUCUAGAAACACAUUCUGCAUUUUAUAUUUUAUACAGUUUUAACACUAUCAUAAGCUUAUGCAUUAAGAACUUUAAAAAUGAAGAGAAAUCUAAGUACAAUUUCCUUGAAUUGUUAACUUGACAAAUGUGUUGAGGCUUAAAGAAGUAUAUAUAGUAUAUAAUGUAUAGAUUUUAAAAAUGGCAAAAAAAAAUUCACUUAGUCUUUUUGUAUCUUUCUUUAUGUAAAUUGAAUAAGCCGCAAGGAUUUUUAUCCUUAUUUCUCAUGGUAUUUCUACUCACUUUUUUCCAAUGAAUAGUAUUUUAAAAUUCAAUGUAAACAAUGUUAUUGAUUUGACUAAUUAUGUAAAUACUAUAGUGUUUGUGUGUCAGAUGGCCAGUUCAAAAUUGAGAAUGUUAUGACAGAUGUUGUAAUCAUGAGAUUGAAGUAUUGCAUUUCUGACAGUUCCUUAACACAAAUAUUUAAUUGAAAUGUGAUAAAACUAUCAGUUGUGACUUCAACUGAAAGAUGGCAGUUCACUCAAAAAAUCAGCAUUAACUAAGAAUGAAACUUUAGUCAAGUGUGUUCAUUGUAAAUAAUUGUUAUGUUUUCAGACAAUUGAUAUUGUGCAGUAUUAUUGUACAGAGUAUGUGUACCCCUAUCCAAGCCAUGUAAAAAUAUGUCUUAUGUCUUUGCAUUUUUUUCCUGUCCUCAUCUGGAGAAAAUACUGUACCAAGAGUUAGUCUUGGUCCCUUCACUUUUUGGGAAUGGGUGCCAUUGUGCAGUUGAGAAAAGUGCUAAUGCAGUCAGAAUUAUUUAAUGUGGACUUUUGUAUUAGAAUGAUAAACUUUCAAUGUGUAAAAACUUGUAAGUUAUUUGUCAGAGUUUUAUUUGCAGUCACAGUUCAUAAAGCAUAAUAGAUAUGAGAAAUAUGUUUAUCCAAAUAGGAAAUACCUCAUACACAUUCAUGCAUAAAAACUUGUGCAUAUACAUACUGCAUAUAACACUGGUUGUAUGCAUUCACAUGUAUGUAUAUAGUGUAUAGCACAGUAUGCAACAAGCAUUCCAUUAAAGUACCGUAUUCUUUAAUCUAAUUAUACAGUACAGUAUAGAUCAAAUUUUUACUUUUUUUCAAAGAUGCACAUCUUAAUCAUUAUAUUAGCUCCUCAAAUAGCCAUUGUACAAAAUAAGCCAUUUUUCAUAUAGUAUACCUUCCUAGGUAUAUGACAACAUAAUAGUACCUUUGGCAUUCAUACAGUUAUGUUAUAAAACAGGUCAAAUUCCACUCCACCAUUCAAAGAAUACUCAAAUAAUUUUGUUAGCUGCUCUUCAUGAGUUGAGGAGACUAUAAGUGUAAAUAAAACUGGAGGAAACCUAGAAAACGUUGGAUGUGUACACCUGAUGGCAUAGGUAAAAUAAUAGAAAAAGUGGAAGCGCUGUGUUGCUAUCAUCAAUUGGCUUCAGUGUACUGCAAAUGUCAAGUACGUAUCAGAUUUUAUCAGAUACAGUAUUUAUUUUCAACUUGACCAAUUACUAUGCAUAUUUGAUAAGAUUAAAUACAGUAUGUUCAUUAAGACCAAUCCUUAGAACUCAAUUUUGUCAAAGUAUUUGUUAAAAAUGAAUAACCAAUUUUUCAACUCCAAUUUAUUAUAUAAGUUGUGGAUGUUACGAUUAAAAGACAAACCUUCCUGUCAGCCUUAUUGAGAGGGGCAAGUGCUUUAACUUUGUGGUCUUGUUAAAAUAGAAAAGUUAUAGCCACCUUUUAAGCAAAAGCACUUUGUGGUCUUGUUAAAAUAGAAAAGUUAUAGCCACCUUUUAAGCAGUCUGUGAAAAUGCAUAUAAAGGAAACAUGUUAAUAAACCCACACCUUGUGUUGAAUUUCAUGCAGAGGUUUUUAAAUAGUGUGGCAAUGGAAAUCAAAUACUACAUACAUUACAAAGUUAUACAGUAUGCAGUUGUAAUGGUUUCCAGAUGCAGAGAUACAAAUGACUGCAUAAAUAAUUGUAUAUUUAGAAUAUACAUGCAUUAAAUAUUUGUUGGACAUUUAGAAUAUUUACACAGUAAAUGUUUGUAUAUUUGGGAAACAGGUACUUUUUUUUCCUUUGUUCUAUAUCAGUUCCUUCUCUUUGAGCACAGAGUAUGUAUUUUUUUUUUUUUAUAGAAAUUCACUUAAUAUAGUGUGGAAUAUUUUCAUCACAGUGCAUACAAUUCAGUACAUCCUGAUAUAUACAGUAACACAAACACAAAUGGGACAUCUUUGAGCUAUACAUCUAAGCAUCCAUAUGUACUAUUCUAUAUUAAAUGAAUAGAUGGACAAGUAUACAUACUACAGUAUAGUGUAUAUAUUUUUAUGACCAUGAUUUUCUCAAACACUAAAAAAAUUAUUGCACCACUCAAUUUAACAUUGUAAAUAAAGAAGUUCUACAUUUUUACUGUUCAUUUUCACUUUGCUCUGUACUGCAUUAGCCAGAGAAGACUGAUGAAAAUUUGAAUUCAGAAGCAUAUCAAUUUGUAUUAAUAAAGUGUGUUAAAUUUCCAUCUUUUAUGUCAAAGUAUGUCUCUUGAUGUCUAUGUAAGCUUGUAUAAAAGGUUAGUUGAUUUGAUGUGUAAUGCUCCUCUAAAAGUUAUCAUAAUCCAUUAUAAAUUUUGUACAUUAUUCAGUAGGGUUUAGUUUUGAUCACAGGAAUAGAUUUAUGAUCAAAUUCUUUAUUACAAAUUGCAUGAAAAUGUACUAUUUGUAAUUUUGUUUCAUGGUACGUCACAUAUAAGAAGUGUAUGUUGGUUACAUAUUUUUAUUCUCAAAGUGUGUGUAUAUGAAUUGCGGGUUUUGCCAUUCUUUGGCAUUUUAUAUAAUAGUGAACAGUGUACAGUGCAGUAUAUUAAAUGUGUAACAGCUGCAAAAAAUUGUAUAAACUUGUACAUUUAUAGAGUUCUUCCCUGACCACAAAUGCCAAGUAAACUGGUGCUAUUUAUUUCCUGUAGCAAGCACAAAGGUUAAAAGAUGUGAACAAGUACUAAAUAAAAUGAGGUAAACAUUGCACAUGUUUUAGGACUUAGUCACAAACAGAUUUUCUAAGCAUUUAAGAUUUGUAAUUUAAAGCGAAAAUAUAAGCAUUCAAAUGUUUUUCAGUAUGUUUGUACCAACAUGCAGUGUACAUGCUUCGUAAAGUUUUAAAGCAGUUCUAUUUUGGUCCAAUUAUUUCAUCCAGAGUUACAUGCUGUUUGUGUAUAUUGUUAUUUUGUCAUACAGAAUAUAUGUAGAUGAAAAUAACACCAGAUAUAACAGUGAACAUACGUUCUCUUAAACCGUUUGUGGUAUAGCAUACAUGCAAUAUCCAUUAUAAUAUGAAUAAAUACCUACAGUGCUGAUUGUGAAUGCUGUGUAUAUAUAUAGAUAUACAUAUAUAUAGAUAUAUAUAGAUAUUUAUAUAGAUAUAUAUACACACACAUAUAUAUGUAUGAAAUUGACACCAUUUGUGUUUAAGGUUUAGCAAAAAUAUAAUGGCAAACUUAAUCAAAUCAAAAGUUCUUAUACUACGCUGACACUUUUAUUUGGUUACAUUUUACAUGCGUUUCAUUAAAACUGAAGAUGAAAGUACUUUGCACAUUAGCAUUUUUAUUGAUCUACGAAACCUGUACUAUGAACUUUUUUGUUUCUAAUGCUUUGUUCAGCAGCAAAGUAGUUUUUGGUGGUACAUAGUUGGGUUGCCAUCAAGCAGUGUUCUUUUCACCAAUUACUACUUUGAAAUUUUGUUGAAAUUUCUCUUUAAAAAUGAUCAUGUUGCUAUAAACCUGAAGUAGUAAAACAGACUUUAAUAAAAUAGAGUUAUGGAAAAUCUGUUUAUAUAUAGGGCCAUGAGCAUUGCUCCUCAAUAUCUGUAUGCAUAUUUGCCUCUCAUCACAAAUACAUAGUAUAUUGUGUGUAUAUUGCAAUGGGCCUGCUUUACUUUCCAAGACCGUGAAAGGUAGGACGAGUACUGUCAGACAAUUAUUCCAGGCUCCUGUUUCGAUAGUUGGUGAUCUUAAGAGGUUUCAGACUAUUUUUUGUUCUUUUACAAAUUUUAUCAGUUAUAGAUUGGAAUUUUCAAUUGUCUUUUAAAAUUUUUAGUUUUUAGAUUAAUGUGUGUUAUUUGCAACUGCAUAUGUUUAUAUUUUAUGCUCAGCUGGAGAUUUACUUGUACUGUACUUUUUGUGAAUUUUGCUUCUCAUUCAGAGCCUUUAACUUCUCAUAGCAGUGGGAAUAAUAAUUCUGUUCUUUAGUGUGACAUUGUGAUGCCCUUAUUAUAUUCAACUUGUGAAUUCUUAUAACAAGAAAUCAUGUCCUUUUACCAAAGUGAACCACAGAAUUCUUACUUGCUUUGGGAUAUAUACAAUAAAGUACAUACAUACAUUCAGUAAGAGUGAGCAAAGUCAACUGUCAAGUCACCAGAGAUUGCUGUGGUAUAUAUACUGUAGAUGUAAAAACAAAAGGGGCAAACUUCAUACUUAUCAUGAAUACACAGUCUUUUUUUCAGCCAGGGCAGUCUCUCUCUGAGACCAGUCUAGUACAGAAUUAUAAAAACAAAUUUGUAAUACUCACUGUUCUUACAAUUGUCAUUUACACAUUACAACACUAGUGAGUUAUCAUAGUAAUAAGGACCACUUAGGAAAAACAGUUAAAUGAAAUUGAGAGAGAAUUGACAGCUAUUUGCAGAGUUUAGGUAAUUUUCAAACACUAUGCAUUGUCAUUAUGAUAAAUGAAAAAUAUUUAACAGGUUUAUUUACAAACCACAAAUACAUACUAUUGUGAUAAAAUAUUCUCCAUUUUCUGCUUGAAAUGCUGUCAUUGACUGAUUUCUUAUUGCAAGUAUAAAUAGAACUGCAACUGAAUUAUGAAUUGGCUGUUUAAUGAAAAAUCUAACUAGAAACAUACAAAUAUAAAUAAAAGCUGAUAACAUGCCUUAAACUUUGCAAUAUCCGUGUUUGGUCAGCGAGUCAAGUAGAAUGGUCUAAUGGGCAGUCAAAAUAGAAUAAAAACCUUGGUAAUGCCAUUGUAAUAAGUACAGUACCUACUCUGUUUGCAUUAUAGUACUUGGAAUGUUUCAUAACUGCAGAGCAGAAAGAACUACGUAUUGAUAUACGUACAGAUAUUUACCCUACAUUAUUACAAUAGCAUUAAUCAGAUCAACAUUUGAAGAGUAACUUCAAUACUCUGAAUAUUACAAUAUUAUAUCUUUCUUGUAAAUUGCUUGAAACACUACUACACUGUACUAGUAUAUUUAUUAAAUUUUAGGAUAUGUGGCACUUAAAAUAUCAAGGUGUUGUUCAAUGUGUUGUAAACAAAGACUAAAACAAUCCUAAUUUUGGACAAACAUUAAAGUAAUGCCCAAAGUGAAUACAUCCUUGUCGUCUGCUGGUAGGGUUCGUAUAAGUGAGAGAUAAGGAGUGCCAAAGGAGAAUAGUGAAAUACUCUGGGCAAAUUUUAAUGUUAAUUUGGUGGGUGUAAGGUACCAAACAUCAGUCACAUGUUUUCCCCUAAUAGGUCAGUAAUUGUUGCUAAAAAAUUCUUGUUUAAAGAAUAAAUGUAGGGUAAAGGUAGUCUUUUGCAGUAUCAUGAUAGAACUUAGCUAAAAUCCUUGCUUUAGUUGUACAAGGCAUAUCUUGACUACAAGUGUUUUAUAGUUCCACUCCUACCAGGUGAUUAAUAACACAAAAAGGGCGUACUUUACAUCUUUUUUAUGCAGACAUUCUACAGACUCCUUUCUGAAGUUCACAAACAACUGAAUAACAGUUAAUGAACAGUUAAUAAUAGCAAAGUCUUUCAGUUCAGUUAGUACAGUGGUUUGAUCAAACCAUAAUUUCACUGCACAAUUAAGAACUAGUCAUUGUCUCUUGAAUCUAAACCUAGUAAGUUUAGUAAAAUUUAGACAAAUUUCGUUCUUGAAAGGUGUAUCUUGCCCAGCUACCACACAAACUACCUUAGCUGGUGUUUUACAGCUUCCAGCAAGUUUGCAUUGUAUGCUUUAUCAUCUAAGUGCAUUUCAGUUUGGAGACUUUUCAUUUUCAGCUAAAGGAGAUUUCAGGUUUCUCAUAUAUCACAACCAAGCAGGUAACCAAUGGUUAAUAGUCUCAAUACCUCUUUAGUGUCCUUUCACAUGUGUGAUGGCAAAGUUAUAUUAAUUACUUAGUCGUGAUUAGAGUGUUAUAGUAUGGAUUUUUUCUCUGGUAUAAAUAGAAAUAUUAGUAGACAGAAAUCUUUUGUGUCCCAUCAAAAUGAAGAUGGUAGCACACAAGCACAUAUUUCGAGCAUCACUGCCACAUCUGGCAUUCAGAUGUACUGCUACAAAUAUUGUCAAAAGCAAGAAACCGGUGCAAGUUUGUCAACAGUUUGCCGGCAUGAAUUGAAAAGGUUUGGUUCAAGGAACUUCCAGAUUUCAGAAGUGUUAGCUUACUAGGAAGAAAAACUGUGGUUGAAUUUCUAGAUCUCCAUGAAUACUGCUUUAAAUUUUUUAUACACAGUCUUUUGGAAGACAAGUCUUUCAAGAUAAUUUCCAAUUUGUUAUUCGUGAAAAGUGUCUCAUUAGGUGGUUGUACAAAAAAAUAAACUAUGCGGGAUAUACAGCAUGUCUUAUUCAGCAGAAAUCAAAACAAUGGAGUGAACUAGAACUCAGAAAAGUAUGAGUUGGGUCCGUCUUCUUUACACUGCCAUGUAUAGCUUAAUGUUAUGUUUACAUGCUCACAUAACUUAUAGUAUGUUAGCAUUAAUUGUAUUAAAAAAUGAGUAACCAGAGGAGGAUCUAGUAUUGAGAUGCAUGUGAUAUCAGGACCAAAGCUUAAGCAAGUCUAGUUUUGAGUGAUGGUUGUUCCAAACCCUUAUGAAGCCUUUUGAAAACCAUCAUUCUCUUAUUUUACAGAAAUUCUCCGUAAAUUUAAAUGAAUUUCAAACUGUAAUGUCAUGUAACUCUAGCUGCUUCACAUUGCAAGUUGAAACCUGAAAAAUUUCCGUCAUUACGGGAGAAAGUACCACAUAACUUAUGAAAGAUCAAAGUUAAAGUGGCUGCAAAGAUCACUUUAAACUUCAGGGUUUGAAUCAAUUGACUGUUUCCGACUUUCUUUAGAUGUGGUCCUGUUUAAUGUUAGUAAAAUCUUUUCCAUUACUAUAGGUCAUCUUGGGACCAAGAGUUGUAGAAGCCCAACCUUUAUCAAAUUGAACAUUUAUUUAUUACAAAUGGCCACCUUUGAAUUUAUAUUUAUUUUGCAUCUAGUAACAAAUAUCAGUGAAUUUGGGGCUUUUGAACAUUGCAAGCCCAGUGCAGGUGCAGAUAUGUUCAGGAUUUUUUUUACCAUAGUAGUAAAGCAGGACAGUAAAGACAUGGAGAUAUUUGAUAACUUUUGAUGGGUUAUUUACUGAUAAGAGAUAUGCUGAAUCAUUUUUGAAGUCCGCCGAGACUUCCAUCAAAGUGGAUUUCAGCAGUUAUGACGUAUCGCACAGUAUUUGCAGUGUAUUUUUGUUUGAUGUAAACAGACAUCUUAAUUGAUGUUACGAAGACUUAAAGGGAUUUUCAAGAUGAUAUAGUUAAGUAUUGAUUGGAAAGUACUCAUAAUAUGCUAAGUGAUGGGGUUUUUAGGUAAAACUAGUAUGUUGACAAAAUGUAGAAGGGUAGUAACAUAAGCAAGGAUAAUCAGGUAUGCACACGAUUACAGACUCCAUUUUUCUUAAAGGUUAUUGGACCCCAUUAUGAUUCUUUAAUUAUUAUGUUGCUGUGAUGGCAUUUGGAAACUACAGUUUUUGUCUUCUCUUUUGCAUAAUCAUGUUUUAAGCAUAGAAGCAUUUUCUUGUCACAAGAUGGUCUAUAGGAGAAAUUUAUACCUCUGAUAAAUGGAGGUUAAACAAGUCAAUAUUUUGAAGUUCACUUCAAUCAUUCCUCUUAAUAAUGAAGUGUAGGGGUAUGAUCUUUUUUUUCUUGUCCUGUGUGGUGUGUGUGGGUGUACGCACGUGCACCAUAAAAAAAUCACUCAAAAGACUUACUUGGAAGAUUCUGAGAAUGAGUCACAUUAGCAAAUGUAGUGAUCAGUAGGUUUAUUAACACAUGUCCAGGUAAUACAUAUUUACAUUUGUUGCUUUCAAAGAUUUUUUUAAAAUUGUUAAAUGUGAGUUAUAUAUUUGCUAUUGGGUGUGAAAAAACCCAAACAGUUUGAUACAGUCUACAGAACGUAGGUAGAUAUGAAUGUUAUUGUGUGCAGUGUAACUUGUAAGAUGUAUUAUUAAAGUGUAAUCAAUUUAAAACUGCCUCGGUAUUCUCACAAAGUUUAAAGUUAAUUUGUUACCUUUCUGUACGUAUUGGUUUCCUAACAAAAAUGAGUCCAAGACAACUUUUGAUGUGUUUGAACAGUUCUGUACUAUUGUGUUUUGAACUUAUUUUCUUUUCCAAAACUCAAGCAGUUUACAGCAGAUAAUGCAUGUGAUAUGUUAGCCUUUUAUUAUCUGCAUUUUAAAUGUUAGGUCACCAACAAGCAAUGAUUCUACAGCUUCCAGCAAUAUUACAAGAUUCUGACAGUAGAACCAUCAAAUUUAGCUUUAGUUAACCUUUAAAGAAAGUUGUAAGGGAUAUGCACUUCACACAAUUGUAAAUUGCUUGUGUCCUAUGAUUUGUGUGCAUACUUAGCUUUGGACAUAGAUAUAGUACAGGUUUGUUUUCCUGCAGUAAACUUCACAUGCUUUGUCUGUGUACUUUAUAUAUAUUUCAAAACAGUUAGUACAGAAACCAUUAACUUCAGUCUCUUGAUUCUUUUCAGUUUAUAAUUUUUCAUCUGCAAUUUGAAUUUCACCUUAGUAAACCUCUACUUACAUAAUUAUUCCUGGACAUGUAAUUGAACAAAUGAGCUUUUGUAAGUCUGGGCAAUAAAGACCCUUUUCUCAAAUCUUCUCAAGUAGAUUGUAUGAUAAAGGGAAAAAGUAUUGUAAGUACAGGAUUUUGUACAGUGUACAGUGCCGUUUUGUAUUUUCAAAUUGUUCUCAAUAUAUCUUUGUUGUGAACAGUGUU